AGGGAGGGCAGAGGGCCCCAGGUUGACAGCGGCUGGCGGAGAAGAAGGAAGCCGAUGAGGUUAGGGUGACUCCUAGAAAACCAUACAGCCUCCUUGCAUCUGAUGAGAUCAGCCAGUCAGCCAACCAGCCAUGUCUUACACUCCAGGGAUCGGUGGGGACCCUGCCCAGCUGGCACAGCGCAUCUCUUCUAACAUCCAAAAGAUCACACAAUGCUCUGUGGAAAUCCAAAGGACGCUGAAUCAACUUGGAACACCUCAAGAUUCACCAGAAUUGAGGCAACAGCUGCAGCAGAAGCAGCAAUAUACUAACCAACUUGCAAAAGAAACAGACAAGUACAUUAAAGAGUUUGGAUCACUUCCCACCACACCCAGUGAACAGCGUCAAAGAAAGAUACAGAAGGAUCGAUUAGUGGCGGAAUUUACUACAUCACUGACUAACUUUCAGAAGGCCCAGAGGCAAGCUGCUGAGAGAGAGAAAGAGUUUGUUGCUCGAGUGAGAGCCAGCUCCAGGGUGUCGGGGAGUUUUCCUGAAGACAGCGCGAAGGAAAAGAAUCUCGUGUCCUGGGAAAGCCAAACACAGCAUCAAGUGCAGGUCCAAGAUGAAGAAAUUACAGAGGAUGACCUCCGCCUUAUUCAAGAGAGAGAGACUUCAAUCAGGCAGCUGGAAGCUGAUAUUAUGGACAUUAAUGAAAUCUUUAAAGACUUGGGAAUGAUGAUUCAUGAACAAGGAGAUGUGAUUGACAGCAUAGAAGCCAAUGUAGAAAGUGCAGAGGUACACGUUCAACAGGCAAACCAGCAGCUGUCAAGAGCGGCAGAUUAUCAGCGCAAAUCCAGAAAAACCCUCUGCAUCAUUAUCUUUAUCCUUGUCGUCGGAAUUGUGAUUAUCUGUCUCAUCGUGUGGGGACUGAAAGGCUGAGUCAUGAAGGACAAGACCACUGCAUGACGUUGUCUAGGUUAUGUAGGCAGAUUCUUGAGGUCGAUUUCUGUUGUUACUUUAAGGCUAUGGUGUAAAGGAUGGCCCCAUACUUUGUCAUUUUUACUGGGGGAAAGAGGUUCUUUCCGAUUCACUCUGGUAUUUUCUAAUACUGAAGGUUUUUCUAAAUACCACUGCUGGUACAACGCCCAUGCUUGUUAUUUCAAUGACUGUUGGGUUUUGUUCACAUUGUAUAUGGCUCUCAUUUAUAAUUUAUUUAUAUUGUUUGACUGAGUUUGGGGAAUUAUUUGAUUGAUGUGUGUAUGCUGCUUAUGACUCUCUCACUGGGUAACAUGAACCCAGACUGUACUAUCUUGUUUUUAAAACUUCAAGCUUAAAUUUGAUUUGUCCAGCCAAUAUUCUCAAAAACAAAACCUUAACAUACCUGUUUAUGGGCUGUUUUACCCCUGUGAUCUACAGCAGUGCAGAUCAUUAGUGAUCUUUCAUCAUUGGAUUGCUUUUGUCUUCUCUGAAUAGAAUCAGGAAGCCAUUUCCCAAGGUGUAUGUAUAUAUGCAUUUGCUGUAGAUUGCAUAGGAAAGAUAGUAAGGAUAGAUUGAUUUUAUAUAUGGUCUGUUUAAUCCAAUGGAAGAAAAUAUAGUUAGUAUAAUGUUUGAUGUAACUUGGAGGAAGUAUCUGAAAAAAAUCCAUACUGCUAUCUAUUCUGUUUAGAUGCUAAAGAUUCCAGUUUCUUAUUGCACUGAACAAUCUUCAUACUGUCAGAUUCUAUGUUCUAUGUUCUUGGGACAUAAUUUUUACACAAGUUUUGACACUUAAAUUUAGAGUUUAUUUAGAGCACUGUUUCCCUCUUCCCCCUCCACUUAAACUGGAAACACCUUUAUUGAUGGUUUAGGACAGUUACACACACAUACAAAGACAAAUGCAAGACAAAGAAGUGAGAAUUAUAGCCCAUGGGCUAAUGUUCUUCACUCUCACAUUACUAUCUACCCAACCUCCUCAUGCCAUUAUUUUUUAUCAUCCUUCAUUGGAAUAAGAAUCAGAUGUCUGCCAAUGAACUCACUUGCCUUUUAAAAUCAAUUUUAAUGCAUUAAUCUGAAUGCUGUAAAAAGAGUUGUCUUAGUUUAACAUUUGUGUUUUAUGAUGGUCUUAUAUAGGAGUUUGCUAGUAAAGUCGUUGUUUAAUGUGGCAGGCUCUGAAACUUUUAAAUGGGAACAAGUGAAGUAGUAACUAAAUAAUUAUAUCCUUGCAAGCAGAAUAAAGAUGAUUUCAGAUGUCGGCUAA